CUGAGAUCUCGUACCAAAAGAACGUGACCGGGGUAUCGUAUAGCACAGUUUUUAAAAAACACUGAUGGAGAGUGCGACGUUUGAGCACGUCAAACCAUUACACCUAUAAGAGGCACGUUUACAUCGAAAGAGUAGAACCAACUACACUAAAGUUAUACGAUUUCGCUUCCAGCCUCGCAAGGAAUUUUCAUGUCGAAGCUUUACAACCCUGGUGCGUUCGACGAAGGGGUCUUUCGGUCACAUUUGGCGUCAGUAUUGUAGAAGUUCAGAUUGGAUUUAACAGUUAUUGCGUUGGGGUUUCAUUGUGUUAUCGAACAUUUCGAUCACCAGAGCACAAACUCUACGAUUCUGUCGGAAAGACGGACUUGGAGAGAAGCAACUUGGCAAAUAGCGGUCUCGUUGAGGUACAUAACUAACUAAACCUGAGUGUAGCCCUUAUUUCAAAGCCCUCACCGAUAUGGUAACCAAUAUGUCCACGAGUAAUGAGACCUCUAUAGACGUCAACAUCUCAGAAGAAACUUCGGGCGAGUCAUCCGCCAUCAAGGGAAUCAAGCUCUCAUUAUAUGCCAUAAUUUUCCUUAUUAGUGUCAUCGGCAACACCUUGGUUUGUGUGGUGAUCGCGAGGCGUCGACGAAUGCGAACCGUAACAAACUUCUUCGUGUUAAACCUCGCGGCUUCAGACUUAGCAAUCACCUGCAUUUGCAUCCCUUUUGACAUUCCUGUGCAGGAGAAUCACCACAAAUGGCUGUAUGGGCAAGUCCUGUGUAAACUUCUGUACCCCAUUCAGACAAUGGCUGUGUUUAGCUCCAUAUUUACACUGACAGCUGUGAGCCUGAAUAGGUUUUGGGCUAUAGUAUAUCCUCUCAGGAAACAAAUGACUAAGAAGCAUGCUUUCGUCGUCAUUGUGGUCACCUGGGUUGUCUGCGCCCUUUUAACAGUUCCUUAUGUGGUGGUGUUAAAUCUGAACGAGACAACCAAUUAUUGCGAGGAAAACUGGCCAGGAAUCGAGUACAGGAAAGCAUACACAGCUUCUUUGUUCGCUCUGCAAUACCUCUUGCCUCUAUGUAUGAUCACGAUAGCAUACUUGAAAAUCGGACUUGAACUAAGAACUUGUGUUAACGUGAAGAGGAGAUACUCUGUCAACUCCGUUUUACACAACGCACGUAGAAACGAGGCGCGCAAAGUUGUACGCAUGCUCAUUGUCGUCACCCUUCUCUUUGCGAUUUGUGUGUUACCCAAUAACGUUAUGUGGCUUUGGCUCGAUUUUGGAAACGGGGCAAGCUACUCAAAAUUUUGGGACAUGGUUGCAUUCACCAACAUCAUUCUCUUUGCAAACAGUGCUGCGAAUCCUAUUGCUUACACUAUCUGCCACGAGAAUUUUAGGGAGGAAUUUAAACUGUAUUUUACCUGUGAUCCGAAAAUAUUCCAAAGCAUGGCAGAAAGUACAAUCACUUACACGAGGAGCCGAUUGCGAAGUCUGACUGGUCAAGACAAGAACAUCAGCCAGACUGUAGAAUAUAAUGAAAUUCUUAUCACAGAUGAAGUAUUAAUCGUUGAUGCAAAAGAGACGGUCAUCUAAUGACAACAUGUCAAAGGAACGGAAAGAAAAGCUGAAAUUAUCCAGUUUACACUGGUAUUCCAUAGUAGAUACAAAUUUAAUAUAAUUUCCUUGAAUAUGAAAACAGAUUGAUAUCAGUCGAUAUGAUAUUUCCUCUGUCCCUCUCUACAUAUUGUACGCUCGAGGUCAGUUUGAAGAACGUUUGCUUCGAGGGAACGCUUGCAACUGUACACUCGCAAAGCCGCCAUUAAGACGAAGUUAAUAACACUACGCUAAGCGAUGUCCGAGGGGUUUCCAUUUUGUCUGUUAGGUCAUUGUCUCUUCAGCAAAACAAUAAGGAAAAAAAAAUAGAUGUUUUAAGCUUGUGGCCUAUUUGUCUACUUCUUGUGAUAAUUAACGCAUGGUGCGUGGCCUCUUUUGUUUCAUCGUACAAGUGAAUCGCCAGUUCUAUACUACAUGACGA